AUGAGUGGGAAGCGGGAAGCAGAGGCCGGAAACCCCUUCCUGCCCCAGGCCUACGGCAUGCAGCGCCAGCUGCUGCCCGGCAUGCCCGGGCUGGGGGGCAGCGACCUGGGCUGGCUGCCCAUCCCCUCGCAGGAGGAGCUCAUGAAGCUGGUGCGGCCCCCCUACUCCUACUCGGCGCUCAUCGCCAUGGCCAUCCACGGGGCGCCCGACAAGCGCCUCACCCUGAGCCAGAUCUACCAGUACGUGGCCGACAACUUCCCCUUCUACAACAAGAGCAAGGCCGGCUGGCAGAACUCCAUCCGCCACAACCUGUCGCUCAACGACUGCUUCAAGAAGGUGCCUCGGGACGAGGACGACCCAGGCAAAGGAAAUUACUGGACUCUGGACCCCAACUGUGAGAAGAUGUUCGACAAUGGAAAUUUCCGCAGGAAAAGGAAGAGAAAAUCCGAUGUCUCCUCUAGCACAGGCUCCUUGACCUCAGAGAAAACUGAGAACACUCUCCUGGCGGGCAGCCCCACGACCACAGAGCCUCAGGACAUUUUGGACAGAGCCUCGCCGGGCACCACCAGCUCCCCAGGGAAGCGGUCCUCCCCUCCACCCUCAGUCACCCCGUGCCUCAGCAGCUUCCUCUCCACCAUGACAGCCUGUGUGAGCGGCUCCAGCCCCAUGGGCCGCCCUGUGGCCACUCCAGCACUGAGCCCCGAGCCCACCGACAAGAUGGGGCAGAACUCACUGAGCUUCAACUCCUACACCCCACUGACCAACCUCGGUGGCCACGGGGGCGGGGGCGAGUGGGCCAACCCCAUGCCCACCAACCCUCUGGGCUACGGUGGCUCGGUCCUCAACCAGUUCAGCCCUCACUUCUACAACAGCAUCAACUCCAACAGCACCCUCUACCCCAGGGAAGGCACCGAGGUCUAGGUUGGAACAGCUCCUGGGCCUCAUGGACAUGCCAGAGAGAAAUGCAACUGUGUCUUCCAGGCCAGCUCCCCUCCCCAAGCCAUGACCCAAGACCUCUGAACUUGAAGCCCAGAGGAAUGCAACGUUCUUCCUAGAACGUUGUUCAAACCUUCUGUUUAUCACAAUUGCGUCUAUACACAGACUCACCAACUCUGCAGUGGAUCCACCAUUGCCUGGAUGACAGUAAUGAUGGUGGCCAUCUGUUGGGCAUAUUCUGUGCUGGGUGCAUGUUCUCGGAGGGUGAGGUCACACUAUUUACAGUCACCCUGUGAGGUUCAUGUGAA